AUGGCUACCCCUAGUGUCCUAGCUUUUGACGCUGAGGGUCGAGCCAUUGACUUUGAGGUCUGGGUAGACGACCUGCAGUUGUUUUUACAGUGCGAUAGGGCAGAUGGCCUCUCUCUCUUUGACCUUACCUCUGGCGCCUCUCCUGCUCCUGCUGCCGAUGCUGAUCCCACUGUGCGCUCUCAGUGGGCCACCCGCGAUGCUGCUGCACGUCUUGCUGUGCGUCGCCACCUCCCUACCUCUGAGCGCGCGCACUUUAGUCAGUACAAGAGUGCUCAGACCUUGUACGACGCUGUAGUUGCGCGCUACUCCUCCCCUGCCACUGCUGCACUGAGCCUUGCGCGCCUCCCUGACUCCCUUCGUGUCGUCAGGGACCACUUUCUCGCAGUCUGUCCCACCACCCUCACCGUCGACCUCCUCGAGAAGGCCCUCCUCGCAGCGGAGAAGAGCAUAGUCGCUGUAGGUGCUUCUCGUGGUGACCCUCGCACCCCCAUCUUUGAGGGGUGCUCUCCUUCCCCCUUGCUGCCCUCUGUUGCCUCUGCUGCUGCUGCCGACCUGCUUGGUCUUGAGUCGGUCGGCGCGGCGUCUGCCCCUAGUGGGAGACGUCGCUCCAGCAAGGGCAAGGGGGGCAAGGGCGCGGGUGGAGCUGGAGGGGGCGGUGGCGGUGGCGGCGGUGGCGGCGGAGGGAGUGGGGGUGGCGGCGGGACUAGUGGCGGGGGUGGUGGUGGUGGUGGCAGCAGCGGCGGAGACGGUGGUGGUGGUGCCAGCGGUGGUGGUGGAGGCAGCGGCGGAGGUGGAGGCGGCGGAGGUGGAGGCGGUGGAGGCAGCAACGGAGGUGGCGGUGGUGGUGGAGGAGGUGGAGCUGGUCGGGGUGGUACCCAACAGCGUAGCGGUGGUGGUGGUGGCCAGCGCUCGCAGCGGCAGCAGCAGCAGUGCUCGCGGGACAUCCCUCCGCCUCAGCAGCUUCGUGAGUGGUACGCUGGGCGUCAGAGGGGUGGGGGUACUAGUCCCUGCACCUACGUUCUUCGUUCCGGCGAAAUUGCAUGUGCAAAAUUGCAAGAAGAAGGGCAUAGCGUGUGCAAAAUAAAAAGAACAAGGGCAUAG